CUUGACGCGCCUUCCAUUAAGCACUUAAUGGUCUUUGUACUUUCGCCGCGUUAUCUCUAUCACACCACAUCCCUCUUUCAUCAUCAAAACUCCACCUCAUCCAGACCUUGAGUCUGAUGAUCUAAAACAUCUUUUCUUUGCUCCCCAUAGACUCUGUUGCAAACCGCAGUCAUGGCCAGCAAACUUCUCCCCCAGAAGCGUGUCCACUUAGUUGAGGCUGCUAAUCGUCUAAAUAUUCCUUCAAAUUCAUCAGAUGCGAAGAGACGCCGACUAGAGCCCCUAUCUUCCUCACCAGCAUCGCGCCUCACCAGCUCCCAACAGGGUCCCAACUCAAAACUAUCAUCAACCCAGCCGAAGAGUGUCUUUGAAUCCGAAGUUCUAGAAAAGCUAAGCCAAGAUAUCAACGAACUUAAGCAGACCAAUUCAGAGAAGGACCAAGCAUGGGCGCGACCUCCCGUUGUCGAUUUUGAUCCCCGAAGGGAUAACCUAAUUUUCCAACAGAUAGAAGCUCUGGAAGGUACCCUUAGUGGUGGACUCACUACCGUCAAGCUCUUCGGAGUUACGGAGAAUGGGCAUUCCGUCAUGCUUCACGUUACUGACUUCAAGCACUACCUCUACGUCGCCGCCCCAGUUUCCUUUACCCCGAAAGAUUGCGCACCCUUCAAAGCCUACCUUCAAAACCAGAUAGGCCAAAAUCAAAACGUUAUCCACUCUUGCGAAGUGACUCUUCGCGAGAACAUCUACGGCUUUCAAGGCAACACGAAAAGUCCUUAUAUCAAGGUCACGGUCACCGAUCCGAAGUUUAUCGGGAGAGUCCGCUCGGCCUUUGAGAGAAAUGAGGCAAAUUGGAAAGGGAUGUGGAAGGGGGUCGAAGGGGGUAUCAUGACAUUUGAUAACUUGCAAUACGUCCUGCGAUUCAUGGUUGACUGCAAGAUCCCUGGUAUGUCAUGGGUAGAGGCACCCGCUAGCAAAUACCGUCUCAUCCCGGAGCAAGUGCGACAAUCAAGCUGUCAAAUUGAAGCCGAGAUUAACUACCGAGACUUGAUCUCCCACGAACCGAAAGACGAAUGGUCCAAGAUGGCCCCGUUGCGAAUUCUGUCGUUCGAUAUUGAAUGUGCCGGACGAAAAGGCAUUUUCCCCCAGGCUGAUAAAGAUCCAGUCAUCCAAAUCGCAAAUGUUGUUACACGUUACGGAGAGAGCAAGCCUUUCGUUCGAAACGUAUUCUGCCUAGACAGGACAAGCCCUAUCGUAGCAACGCAAAUCCUAGAUUUUGAGAGAGAGGCGGAUAUGCUUAUAGCUUGGAAAAGAUUCCUUGACAGAGUGGAUCCUGAUUUAAUUACCGGCUACAACAUUGCCAACUUCGAUUUCCCCUACUUGCUCGACCGGGCAAAAUGUCUUAAGGUCAAGGACUUCGAGUACUGGACUCGUCUACAUGACGUCAAAUCAGUUGCAAAGGAGACGAAUUUCUCCAGCAAGCAGAUGGGCAACCGAGAUACGAAGGCCACAAAUACCGACGGACGACUACAGCUCGAUCUAUUGCAAUUAAUUCAGCGUGACCACCAUCUUCGAAGUUAUACGCUGAACUCGGUGUGUUCUCAUUUCCUUGGAGAACAGAAGGAAGAUGUUCAUCACACGAUGAUCACCGAGCUAUUCAACGGCACACCAGAAUCCAGGCGUCGUCUAGCGUUGUACUGCUUGAAGGAUGCCUACUUGCCUCAGAGAUUAAUGGACAAACUCUCCUGUCUUGCCAACUAUACAGAAAUGGCUAGAGUCACGGGUGUUCCGUUCAACUUCCUUCUUUCUCGUGGUCAGCAGGUCAAGUUCAUGAGCCAGUUAUUCCGAAAGGCCCUAGAACAAAAACUUGUGAUCCCAAACAUGAAGUCGGAGAGCUCGGAUGACCAGUACGAAGGUGCUACAGUUAUUGAACCUACUCGUGGUUACUAUGACGUGCCUAUCGCAACACUCGAUUUCGCAUCGCUAUAUCCCAGUAUCAUGCAGGCACAUAACCUCUGUUACACAACUCUCGUGAACAAGAAGGCAGUGGAGAGAUUUAACCUCAAAAAGGAGGAAGAUUAUAUCGUCACGCCGAAUGGCGACAUGUUCGUUACGGUCAAGCAACGGAAAGGUCUUCUUGCCCAGAUUCUCGAAGAAUUGCUUUUGGCAAGAAAGCAAGCCAAGAGAGAAUUAGCGGUUGAAACCGACCCUUUCAAGAAGGCCGUCUUGAACGGUCGUCAACUCGCUUUGAAAGUCAGUGCCAACAGUGUGUACGGUCUUACAGGUGCGACGACCGGCAAGCUUCCCUGUCUGGAGAUUGCCAGUAGUACGACAAGUUUUGGCCGAAAGAUGAUUGAAAAAACUAAAGAUGAAGUGGAGAAGAAAUACUGCAUUGCCAAUGGUUAUACCCACGACGCCCAAGUCAUCUACGGCGACACGGAUUCCGUCAUGGUUAAAUUCGGAACGAAGGAUCUUAGCGAGGCAAUGAAACUGGGCGAAGAAGCAGCUAACUUUGUCUCGUCAAAAUUCGUCAAACCUAUCAAGCUGGAAUUCGAGAAAGUAUAUUUUCCGUAUCUAUUAAUCAACAAAAAACGAUAUGCGGGUCUGUUCUGGACAAGGCCUGAUAAAUACGACAAGAUGGACACCAAGGGUAUUGAGACAGUUAGACGAGAUAACUGCUUGCUAGUACAAACAGUUAUCGAGAAGGUUCUCAGGAUGAUCCUGAUUGAUCGGGACGUCCAAGGAGCCCAGGACUACGUCAAAGACACAAUUGCGGAUCUGCUUCAGAACAAGAUAGACAUGUCCAAACUCGUGAUCACAAAGGCACUUACCAAGGAAAGCGACGAUUACGAUGCCAAACAAGCCCACGUUGCGCUCGCGGAACGAAUGAAGAAACGAGAUGCUGGUUCUGCGCCCGGAUUGGGAGACCGAGUGGCAUAUGUGAUGAUCAAAGGUGCAAGCGGAUCGAAGAAUUUCGAGCGUUCCGAAGACCCCAUCUUCGUUCUCGAAAACAACGUCCCUAUUGACACAAGAUAUUACUUGGACAACCAGUUAGCCAAGCCGCUAGGACGUAUCUUCGAUCCUAUCCUAGGAGAGACGAAAUCGAAAUCACUCCUCCAUGGAGAUCACACACGUGCCAUCUCUGUUGCGGCACCGACGGUGGGCGGUUUAAUGAAGUUUGCAAAGAAGACUAUGACGUGUAUGGGUUGCAAGAAGCCACUGGUGAGCAAAGAGGAGAGCAACGGUGCCGUCUGCUCAGACUGCGCACCACGUGUAGGUGAACUUUACAAAAAGACAUUAGACAAGGUCUCGGAUCUCGAAGUCCGAUUCGGACGGCUUUGGACGCAAUGUCAGCGGUGCCAAGGCAGUAUGCAUUGCGAGGUCAUCUGCAGUAGCAAGGACUGUCCUAUUUUCUACAUGCGCAUGAAGGCUAAAAAGGACGUUGAAGAUGCUAGUAAGGAGUUGCAACGGUUCGAUCUCGAUCAGUCCGCCAUAUGGUGAUGACUAGAAUGAAAGCAUCCGUGGUCCUAUAGGCGUUAUGAGAGGUAUGAAUGCAAGGAGUCCAGGUCAGUCAGUUAUUGGGAGGAAAUAUGGGCAUUGUCAUAAUAGAAUCGAGCAUGAUCGAGAUGAGGAUACCACAAUAUCAACGUU